AGCUGCUUGGUAAAUGUUUUCUUGCGUAUAAAAGAUAUAGAGCCGGAUACAGGUGUCCGAUUUCCAUCUUUCGAGCUUUCGAGAUGUUAGGCGGUUGUAAUCUUCUUGCUGAUUGGUUGCUGGGCUGUAAUUGGAUUAACACAUUGGACACCUGCCCCAGCUAUGGCAUAUUGACAGCUGAACUGCAUUAGUCGUCCACACCUGUCCUCCCGUCCCUCUCGCCUUUACAGUUGGAGCGUCCUUUGUAACCAAGAAGGAAAAGUACUGUGCAGUCACAACAGUUUCUUCUCGGCUUCUGCUCCUAACCUUCCCCAACAUGAGUUCUGAAAUGGUCGCUCUCGUCACCGGAGGGACCCGCGGGAUCGGCUACGGGACAGCCCAGGAGCUGGCCGGCGCAGGAUACAACCUCAUCCUGGGGUACAAGGAGAACCAUCAGCGGGCUGCAGGCGCUAAGGCCAAGCUGGAGGAGACGUACAAGGUGCGCGUGUUCCUGGUGGCAGGAGCGGCGGAGGAACAGGCCACCGUGGACGCCUACUUCGCCUGCGUCGAUGAUAACUUUGGCGGGAAGCUGACAGCGCUGGUCCACAACGCCGGCAGUAUGUACGGCCCUCACGGGCUGCCCUCUAAGCCUGAUGCUAACGGGAGCUGGUUCACAGGCUGGGAGGCGUACGAAUACUACCAAAACGUCUACCCGAGGUGCUUCCUCCGGCUGGUGGAAAAGGCCGUCACUCACAUGGAGGACGGCCGCGGGUACAUCGUCGCCGUGUCCGGAGUCGGCUGCAACAGCAACACAACCCCGAGCCUGCCUUACUUCACCCCGGGCAUGGCCAAAUCCAGCAUGGAGUACAUGGUGAGGAACUACGCCAAGCAGCUGGCGCCCAGGCGGAUCACCUGUAACACCGUCAUCCCGGGAAUGAUCGACACAGAAGCCUGGGCACCGGUCAAGGAGCGGGUCGGGACCGCCGGGAUGGCGGGUAUGGUGAACCGGCUGUGCGGGAUGAAGCGCUGGGGCACCCCGAGGGAAGUCGGUGGCGUCAUCGCGUUCCUCUGCUCGGAGAAGGCGUCCUUCAUCACCGGCGUGGCCAUACCUGUGGACGGAGCGUUCCAUCUCAUGUAG